CUUGAAAUACAAGCAAAAUCUCAGAUUUAUCACAGAAACUUUAGACCCUCUUGGAUUUGGAUAUCGCAGAACGCUUCGAUGGGAGAGAGAAAGGUGUUGAACAAGUACAUCCCUCCGGACUUGGACCCCUCGAAGCUUCCAAGGGUUCAGAAGCCCAAGAAUGAUCAGAUCAAGGUCCGCAUGAUGCUCCCAAUGAGCAUUCGCUGCAAAACCUGCGGCAACUACAUCUACAAAGGCACCAAGUUCAAUUCCCGCAAAGAAGACGUGAUGGGUGAGACUUAUCUGGGUAUUCAAAUAUUCAGGUUCUACUUCAAAUGCACCACGUGCUCUUCUGAGAUUACUAUGAAAACUGACCCACAAAAUAGUGACUACGUUGUUGAGUCUGGCGCUACGAGGAACUUUGAGCCUUGGCGUGAAGAGGAUGACUUGGUUGAGACUAAGAAAAGGAAAAGGGAAGCUGAGGAGACGGGUGAUGCAAUGAAGGGUUUGGAGAAUAAGGCUUUGGAUUCAAAGAGAGAGAUGGAGAUUGAUGCUGGUCUAAGUGAGAUGAAAUCCAUGAAGUCUAGACGUGAAGGUGUGAGUUUUGAUGCAAUGCUUGGGGCCUUGAAGAGUAGAGAAGAGGAGAAGAAGAAGUUGGAAGAAGAAGAGGAUGAAGCGCUUAUAAAGUCAAUAUUUUGUAAGCCAAAGAAUGAAGAUUGUGUGAAAAGGAUUCAUGAUGAUGAUGUGAAGUGGCAACAUGUUUCUUCGACCAAGAAAGAAAAAGAAAACCCAGGUGGGAAAGGGGUUCCUGGUGAUGCUAAUAAGUUUGUAUUCAAGUCCUCCACUGUUGGGAGUAGGAUUUCUGUUGUAAAGAAACCAGCUUGUGAUCACAGCAAUUCUAAGAAAUAGCAAUUGGGUGAACUGGGUUUAUUAUGAAUUUGAAAAAGAUUUAGGGGCUGAUUGGUAUGGCAUUUUAAGCAACCGUUUUCAGUUAAUCAGAACAACGUUACCAAAUGAA